CAGACCUCAGAGCCUUCUGCUGGUUUCACUGUGCUAGCGUACAAGCUGGCUCCAUGCCUUGAAGGCAGGAAUUACAGUUGAAUGAGAGAUGUUAGCAAACAUAUUUAAUAGCAGCUUUUGGCUCUCCAGACAGGCUCGUUUAUAGCUUUACAUUUUGGCACUGUGUGACUUUAUGAAGCCCCACUGUAUGGUAAGUGCAGGAUUUCCUGAUAUUAAUGACUGAUUAAAGGAUUACAGGAUGCUGAAAGUGCUUCAGUUGUCUAAGAAGGUCAUUGAAUGUUUGCUGUGGAAGAGCUGCCCACAGCCUUCCUCAGAUUUCUCUUCCUCCUAAUGCCCAUGUUGACUCAGCAGGAUGGAAGCAAGUUAGCAGCUUACUUUAUCCAAUUCCUAAUGCUCUAUGAGGGUGCUCACCUAGUAGUCCUUUCUGUCAUUUUGCCAUCUCGUUUAACUGAAUAACAGAUAAGCUUCCUACGGUUUUCUAUUCAUGCAUGUUUGUAUUCAGUAGUCUACAGCACUCAGGGUUAAUCAGACCCUCCAAAGGCAAUUCAAAAAAGGACAAGAAGGAACAGGGCUUUUAUUCAAGGGUGUGUCAACAUGUCUGGUGUGAAAGUGGGAAAGGAGGGAGCUGUGGAAGGGUGUGUUUGGGCAAGGGGAGCCAACCAGCCCUACAAGCACAGGGAGUGGCUUGGAGUGUGACUGUAUAAGGCAGUCUGAGAUGGUUCACCCUCUGCUUGGAUGCUGCAAAGCUUAGACUAGCGAACCUCAGCGCUGACUGAGCAUCUCCCAGUACAGAUGCCUCCACAGACUGGCUCCGCUGAAAAGGAGACACAGCCUGUUUCAGCCUUUCUACAGCUUCUCACUUGGGAAGAGAUCAAAAUCCACAAUGGCCACGGUCAAGGUCAGGAGCAGUGGCUGGUGAUUGACAGGAAGGUUUAUGAUGUCAGCAAGUUUUCCAGACAACACCCUGGAGGCAGCCGGGUUAUUAGCCACUAUGCUGGGCAAGAUGCUACGGAUGCCUUUGUAGCAUUUCACAACGAUAAGUCUCUGGUGAAAAAAUACUUGAAAUCUCUGCUGAUUGGGGAGUUGGCACCAGAUCAACCCAGCUUUGAGUCUAAUAAAAAAAAAUCACUUUUAGAGGAUUUUCGUGAGCUGCGCUGCACUGUUGAGAAGAUGGGACUUCUGAGGCCAAACUACACCUUUUUCUUCCUGAUUUUCCUUCACAUCAUGGUACUGGAUGCUGCAUCCUGGCUCAUGGUCUGGUACUUUGGGAUAUCCUUACUGCCAUUCAUGGUUGGCAUGGCAUUCUUCAUCGUGGCUCAGAUCCAGAUGGGCUGGUUCCAACAUGAUCUGGGGCACUGCUCUGUCUUCAGGAAGCCUAAAUGGAAUCGACUUCUGCAGAUUGUUGUGAUAAGUGUUCUGAAGGGCUUACCGGCCAGCUGGUGGAAUCACCUGCACAACCAGCACCAUGCCAAACCCAACUGCUUCCGCAAAGACCCUGACCUCAACAUGCACCCUCUCCUGUUCAGCUUGGGAAAGACACUCUCCGUGGAGCUUGGAAAAAAGAAGAAGAAGUUCAUGCCUUACAAUUAUCAGCAUAAGUAUUUCAUCUUAUUGGCCCCACUUGCACUUAUACCGUUCUUCCAGCUUUCUACAUUGUACUUUGCAAUCAAGAGGAAAAAGUGGUUGGACCUGUUAUUGGUUGUGUCUUUCAACACCCGAGUCUGUCUCAUGUAUAUUCCUUUAAUGGGAUUUAACAACUUCAUGGUGUACUACUGGCUGUCCAGGUACAUAGAGAGUACCUGGUUUAUUUGGGUGUCACAGAUGAAUCACAUUCCAAUGGACAUUGAUUAUGAUAAGAACAAAGACUGGGUAUCUACUCAGCUCCAUGCAACAUGCAACGUGAACCAAUCUUUGUUCAAUGACUGGUUCACUGGGCACUUGAACUUCCAAAUUGAGCACCACCUUUUCCCCACAAUGCCUCGACACAACUACUGGAAAGCAGCUCCUCUGGUGAAAGCCCUUUGUGAUAAGCAUGGCAUUCAGUAUAAAAGCAAGACUUUACUAACAGCCUUUGUAGAUAUUUUGCAUUCACUGAAGGAUUCUGGGGAGCACUGGCUUGAAGCGUAUCUGCACGGAUAGAAACUGACAGCUCUCAAAAGGAACCUCUUCACCAGACAGCGGCUGCAAAGAGUCAGCACAGACCAACAGUGUGUGUGUGUGUGCCUUCUGGCACAAAAACUCGGGAGAUGGGCAAAGAUAACUUCAGUAAGAAUGGGUGGGAAAGUGGAUUAAAGAUACAUUUUUUUUCUUGUUCCUAACCAUGAACUUCUAUUUUUCCUGCUCUCAAUCUCUGAAUAAGAGCCAGUGAUGAACUGGGCCUCUAGAUUAGGGAGAAGUAACUCUUGAAUCAGCUUGAUCAGUUUCCUUCAUUGAGGUGCCAGCUCACUGCUUAUGGAAAAAUUUUGAAAGGAAAUUAUUCAUAGAGUCAUAGAAUCAUAGAAUGGUUUGGGUUGUAAGAGACCUUUAAAGAUUACCUCAGCCAAACCCCUGCUGUGGGCAGGGACAUCUUUCACUGGAUCAGUUUGCUUAAAGCCCCAUCGAACCUGACCUUGAACACUUUGAGGCAUGGGGCAUCCAGGACUUCUCUGGGCAACCUGUUUCAGUGUCUCACCACCCUAAAGAAUUUCUUCCUCAUAUCUAAUCUAAAUCUACCCUCUUUCAGUUUAAAACCAUUGUCCCUUGUCCUAUCACUACAAGCCCUGGUAAAAAAGUCUCUAUCUUUCUUAUAAGCCCUCUUUCCGUACUGAAAGGCCACCAUAAAGUCUCCUUCUUGGUGUUUUUGUUUCUGUGGAUUGGUGAAAAUGGGAUAGGACAAACCAAACUGGAGGAAGUCAGGACACGUUAGGACAGGGGGUAUCUUUAAGAGGUAUUCUAAAACAGAUAAAAUAAGUAUGCAAAGAACAAGAUGGCCUGGGAUGUGUCCCCAUCACUACUGAUCAUAUGUACGCUACUUGCUCUACCUACUUAGGUGUUAUAACUAGUGCUGUUCAUGGAUUGCAUAGGGAGGCAGAUAACUCGGUGAUAAAUUUUACACCUGUAAUACCUGGUGUGAAUACAGUCCAAAGAGUCUGUAUAGCAUAUAUUAUUUAUAUGCAUACAUGCAUGUAUAUAUAUAUAUAUAUAUAUAUAUAUAUAUAUUAACUGAGUGGUGGCUGUGCUGUCUGAUCAA